AUUCAGCAGAAGUGGAAAAAAUGGCGUCAAAGUAAGUCGUGUUUAGAGGUGCAGUUGAAUCGCGUUCGAGGAUUUUUAUGGGAAAAUCUUUGAUUUGGGGUUGAUUUUUGGCUGAUUUCCGGUUACUGGAAGGCUGUUCUAGCGAUGGAUAAUGAAAAUCGAUAAAAGCCCCGUUUGAGGAUUCUAUUUAUUGCUGUAACCCGAGACGACCGCAAAUCUUGGUGCAGUUUUGCAAACAAACAUUCUAGAAGGAGAAGGACGAGGACGAGGACAAGCCAUAAGGACGUUCCACAGAGGCCAACAUUCAGCACAGAGAAAAAAAAAACAGUCGCAAUAUGAGCUGAGUACAAGUGUACUCAUGCCUGGAAGAGUACAAAUCAUACCGAAAAUAAAAUCAACAACAACAAUAACAAAACCAAUUUAGUACGGAGCACACCGCGAGAUAAAUUUCGAAAGGCAAGAAUUUAGACACGCAACCCCAAGCCAGACCAUGGAAGAGCUGCUGUUGACCAUCGUGAAGGAGGCAAACGGAAGCAAGCAGCAGAACUUGAAACAGGCCGCACAAAUCGCACACGAUAAACUGCUGCGGCAGCAUGGCAUCCAUCGGGAUCCCUCGUACGAACUGCGAUCGGUUUGCUUUACCGCCCUGCAGAUGGCGUUGGACACCAAACGGCCAAAGUUUAUCACCUACGGGCUCAACGGGCUUCAUAGAAUCAUCCGAGAUGAACGGUUCUUCUUCGGCUUGGAGCCGGAAGACGAUUCCCUCUGGUUGCCGGCUCAGCUGCUACGAGCCACAUCCGGCAUUUCAACCGUCGGAAACGAGGACACCGUCGUAAACGUUCUUCGAUUGUUUCUCUCGAUGGCCUGUUCCCCAACCUGUACCCUCAACGGACGGCUGCUGAUCGAAGUUCUCUCCAAAUGUGGCGAAUGUUGGGAGAACGGGUCCCGAGCUGUUAAGGCAGCUUCCCUAGCUGCGGGCAGUCAAUGUCUGAGGGCAUUUUGUACUUUCUUGAAGGAUGAGGCCGAGGAGAUUUUACGAACGGGACCAGCCGGGAUCAUCAAUAUAGGGAUGGCUGCGGCCGUCUACAACGAGGUGAUUCCGGUGAUGCAGUGGCUUUGUAGUAGGUUGAUCGAACCCAGCACCGGAAGUCCGAAGCGGACUGAUUCCCAGGGUUCGCUGUAUCUGAUGGAGUGUAUAUUGACACUGGUGACCGCGCUUCCACCGGAUGUUCACUCUAACCCACAUUUUACGGCUUUCCUGUGGCAAAAGUUUUGUCCUACACUGGCAGCUACCCUGGGAUCACCAGGGAGGGUGAACAUAGAUAAGAAAUUUACAUACAAGGAUGCUAUUCAUUUGAUUGAGAGUGAACAUCGGGGAUUCUUCACCAGACCAGGAUUGGACGGGCCACAGGCUCGUUGCAUCUACUUAACCAGUAUUCAACUUUUGAGGAUAGCUGGGGCUCAGGGUACCCUUAGACCGAUGUUGGAGGCCCUGUUUCAUCGGAUGUUGUUGCUGCCGAUCCCGACAAAUCGAGCAGAACCACUGCGAUGUGUCCGGGAGAUCUUCAAAAGCCCUGAGAGGCUGAUUGACCUUUCGGUAAUCUUGUACCCGGAUAAAUCUCAGGGUCAGAGCUGUAGUGACGAUAUGGCAUUGUUUAGACUCAUAAUCGAUGCAAUGGAGGAAUGUGCAACGACUUUCCAACACGGUAGCAGCUCCGUUGACAACUCGAUGAACUCAAGCGUAGAGUGCAUCGUCGCUUUGCUCGAGAGUCUGCAGACACUUUGUUCGGGCCAAUUCGACGAAUCGAUCAUAAGCGAACGCGUUACGGAUGCAAUCAACAAUCGCUACUACCAGAUUAGGGAGGCAGACUAUACCGGACCCUUGACAUAUCAAUCAAUGGCCAGGCUACCGGCUCCGUAUCGGGAUGCGGUUGCCGAGCUACGUCAAAGUGGUUUCGAGACUUCUUCAGAAUCAGAAGUAGAUCAAGAGCAGCAGAUAGACCCCGAAGCGGGAUCGCUAGGUUCCGCUGUUAAAACUGGAACGUGA